AUGAAGAAGGGGAAGAAUGCUGGGAAGAACAAGCAGGCUUACACCAAACCAGAGGAGAUAGCGGCCACAGAGUAUGCAGAUGUGAUCUUCUACAGCUGUGGGGAACCUGGACAUCACAAGACUAAUUGUCCCAGCCCUCCUGUGUGUUUCAUUUGCAAGGUAGUGACACAUAAGGUGGAAGAUUGCCCAGUGAGAAGGAAACCAAGGAAUCCAGCUAAAUUUGUGGGUAGUGGAGCCCCUGGUCUGGGAUAUCACCAAAUUGAUGUGCCAGAUGUGAAUGACCAACACAUAGGAGCAAGGAGGAAUGUGGGACUGGUCUAUGUGGAGUCAGGACAAGUGGACAAACAAGAGCUAGGGCAUAAUUUCUCUCUGAUUUACAAGACAAACUGGCCUUGGCAGAUCAGGAAGCUGGAUGAGUGGACUUUCUUGGUAAAGUUUCCACCUCACAUACCAGUUGAAAGUGUUGCUAGAUACCCACUGGUUGGGCUGCCUGAAAUGGAUGGGGUCACAGUAAAUGUAGAGGUCUGGAAAGGAACCUUGGAGCACUACAGUGAACUCCAAAAAGUGUGGCUUAAAUUGGAGGGGAUUGCUCCAGCUUGGGCUGAGUGGUCUGUGCUAGAACAAUUUGCAUCAGUUUCUGGAACUCUGAUUGAUGUAGACUGGCUGGGUAACUUCAAGUCUUUCUUUGAAACCGUCAGAAUCAAGAUCAGGUGCAAAGAUCACACAAAAAUCCCCCCUGAUAGGCUAUUUGGAAUUGGAGAUCAUCUAUUCAAGGUCAAAAUUACUGUAGAGCCUCCUGUGGAAGAAGCAGACAUGGAGGAACCUGCUUAUGAGGACAUUGAAGACAACAGCAAUGAAGCUGGCCAGGACAAGGAAAAAAGAGAUGCAGGAAGGAGCACCAAAGAAAAGGACUCUUCUGGAACAGGGUCCACACACUCCCUUCAAGGCAGCAAAUCAACUAGUGGCAAUUCAAAUCAAAAUACCAAGCAAAAAGUGAUCAGUUACCUACAGCAGCUACAGGAACCCAUCACCAUGGGGCAGAGCUACAAUCUCCUCCAAGAAAUGGAAUUGAUGGAUGAUGAGGAUGACCUAGAAAAGAAUAUCUCUUUGGAGGACAGCAUAACUAAAGAAGUGGAAAUGAAUUUCAGCCCACAGCUUGAUACAAUCUUGGGGAGGGAGGAACAAAACAACCCAAAACCACACAGCAAAUGGGGGCCAGUUCAAGCUCAAAGGAAAAGCAGUAGAGUUAAUAUAGGGGAUAGAUCAAUGAUGGAAAUUGCUAUGAACAAGAAAAAGUGCAGAAUUUAG